AUAUUUCAAAAUAGAUUUUUCUAAAAAAAAAAAACUAAAAAAAAACACGCAAGAACAAAAUUAAGAUGUCAUCAACGACGCUGAUUGAAGGACGUUCGCCGAUGUUGAAUGAGAUUUGCAAGUUAUGGCUACUGAUUCGCAAGAAUUUGAGUGUCCUGCUGUCUCAGCCACUGGCCGUAUCAAUUAUCAUUUUGUCACCCAUAUUGCUGUUUCUAUAUACUCAAAUUGAACAAUUUAUAAGCGAUGUGGAAUCGACGGAAAUUGCAGAAACUAUUUAUCCACAUAUUGAGCUGCAUCAUCCGUUUAUAACGUCCAUUAUGUAUUCACCAGCUAACGAGGUGCUCAAGGGUGUCAUAGAAGAGGUAGCCACAAUUCUGGGCGCCAAUCACACCGAGGCAUUUCUAUAUGCCACCGAUUUGGAAGUGGCGCUGUUGAACAAGGAUGGGUUUGUCGGCAUCGAGUUUGAGGAUAAGCUUAGAAGCAUCAUUGAACUACCAUCGGAGGUGAAUGUUGCAUUGCGAUUUCCAUUGCAUCUGCGAUCGCAAGUGAAGAGGAUAUGGCCACAUCGGUUAUACGAUGCGAUAAAUGAACAGAAGGCGAGGAGCAUCUAUGACACCGAGGGUUUUCUCAUUGUCCAAGCGCGGCUGAGCGAGGUCCUUAUGCGGACAAAGAACGAAAGUGCGAAUAUUCCUCAAGUGCUCAUGCAGCCCUUUCCCGACAUUAGGCGAACGGAUAAUUCACAUUUGCUUCCAAUGUUUAACAAUUGCCUAACCUAUUUCGUGUUCAGGUUUUUGGGUCCCUGCUUGAUUAUUGGUCAGCAAAUUGUCGUGGAGAAGCAGAGGAAUUUGAGGGAGAUAAUGCGAUUAAUGGGCCUGACCGUUGGAUUUAAUUGGCUGUCGUGGUUCAUCGUUGCCUACAUAUUCUAUGGGAUACCGAUGCUGGUCAUCGCUUGCCUGAUGAAAUGGUUGCUGUGCCCCUCCACGCAUUUCCUGGUGUUGUUUCACAUAUUUUUUAUGUACCUCAUCACACUGAUAUGCUUCACUUUUAUGAUCAGCGCCUUUGUUACCAGCACCGUUAUGGCCAUGGCCACCAUUAGCCUUAGUCACAUUGCUAGCCACUUGCCGUACAUGCUCACCGGCGCUGAGCCGACUCUCAGCCAAUCUGUUAUCAACGGUCUAUUUCUAAAUAGCGCAAUACCCUCAAUCUGGGUCCAGGUGCGGGGCUUUGAGUUAAGGGGAGAUGGUGCCCAGUGGGGCAAACUAUUCGAUUACAGUCAUCCAGAUGAUAAUCUGAGUAUUGGCGCCAUAUUGCUCCUAAUGAUGGCCAGCAAUGUGUUCCGGUUGCUUAUCUGUUUCUACGGCGAUCAGUUGGUACCCGGUCAUCUUGCUGCCGGCCAAAAAUGGUAUUUUCCAUUGAAACGCAAGUUCUGGUGUCCUUGGGAUCGACCGCGUCAAAAUGUUGUCGGCGUGGACGAAGAACAGCCCAUUGCCAACACAUACAGUCGGCCAACCAUGCCGGGAUUUCAGGAGGUGCUCCACAACAGGCCUGUCAUCGUGGAGGCACAGCGAUUGCACAAGGUCUACGAUGAUAUCGAGGUAGUGCGCGACUUGAGCCUUAAGUUGUACGAGGAUGAGAUAACUGUGCUGCUCGGACAUAAUGGCUCCGGAAAGACAACAACAUUCAUGAUGCUCGCCGGCAUGACUCGACCCACCUCCGGUCGAGUGCUUGUCAAUGGCCACGACAUGGCCACGUCCACGCAAAAGGCUCGCGAAUCCUUCAGUAUUUGUCCGCAAAAUAAUGUGCUCUUUGAGGAGUUGAGCGCCUAUUGGCAUAUUGUGUUCUACAGCCGGCUGAAGGGAUAUCAACGCGCCGAUGCUGAAGUGGAGGCGUUGAAGUAUCUGGAAAUAAUGAAUUUAAUGGACAAGUCGUCAAUGAGUGUGAAAAACCUUUCCACCGGCAUGCGGCGCAAACUGUCCAUAUGCUGUGCCCUCUGCGCCAACACCAAGGUGGUACUUUGUGAUGAGCCUACGGAUUGUCUGGAUCCGAUAGCUCGUCGUGAGGUGUGGAAUCUUUUCCGUAUGGAGAAGACCGGUCGUUGCAUUGUCCUAAGUACGCAUAUAAUGGAGGCAGCCGAAGUGCUGGGUGAUCGUGUAGCAAUCAUUUGUGAUGGUCAGCUCUAUGGGAAUGGCACACCAGAGUUUAUUGUCAAUCAGCUUGGACCCGGCUAUCGUCUAGUCUGUGCGAAACUGGAUGAUUGCAAUGUGGCAGAGGUGACAGCAUUUCUGGUCCAGCAUAUUCCAAACACUCAUCUCGAGAGCAUUGUGGGCUCUGAGAUAACCUAUCGCCUGCCGGCUGAGCAUAUGGACGCAUUUACGAGGGUCUUCAUUGCACUCGAGAGAAGGCUGCCCAAAUUGAAGCUGUCCAGCUUUGCAGUCAGUGCACCAACACUGGGUGAGACCUUCAUGAAGAUCGGAGCUCGUAAUACAAACAGUAUGCAUUCGCAACAAAGCCUAGCAAUAAUUAGUGCUUUUAAGCCGGAUCAAUCCGACCACUAUGAGUACAGCGCCUGGAAGAGAUUCCGCAAUGAUUGGCAUGGAAUGAUGUUGAAGAAGAUAUUCUUCACAAGGCACCAUUUCUUUCUAUUUUUGUCGAUCAUUUUGUUGCCGUUGGUGUUAAUAUCCUUGAAGACCGUGGCCGAUACAGUCAAAAAGAAAUCUGCUCUAUUUGUGAUAAAUCCCACAGACUUGUCCAAUUAUCCGGGCGCACUGGUAAUACGGGAGUACCUAGUCAACAGCGAUGAAGUCGAUUAUGUUAUUUCGGAUCACAGCAAAUCGGUGUCCGAUGCAUACGAGAAUCUGGCAAUGGAUGCUGGUGCCACGGUGCGCAGCACCCCCAACGAUGUUAGUGUGGCCGACUAUUUGUUGCAAAACAUCGAUUUGUAUGCGGAGGGCUUUGAGACCACCUAUGUGGCAGGAGUCACGUUUCGCGAUGGCUCUGUCACAGCCUGGUAUAAUCGUCGCUUGUCGCAUGGCCCACCGUUGUCACUGGGCCUGGUCUAUAAGGCGAUUGCACUUACCCUGACUGGGAUGGAUAUUAAGGUUAUCAAUAAGCCGCGCACCGACUCCGAUCCAUCGGUUUAUGAGCAAGACAAGCACUUGAAUACCAGGAAGCAGACAACGUUUAUAUUGCUGUAUCUGUGCUUCGCCACCGCCGCAUUCGUUCUGAUGCCUGUCCACGAGAGAAUAACGCAAUUGAAAAAGCUGCAGCUGCUUGGUGGCAUUAGUCUGUACACCUAUUGGUUAUCGCAUCUGGUUUGGGACUUUGUCAUAUUCUUAUUUAUCACGGCAUCUACGCUGGUGGCUCUAUAUAAUCAACCUGCUGAGGUUAUAGCCUGGAUGGCGUUGCUAAUGCUUGUAUUUGGCCUAUCCGCUCUGACAUUCACAUAUCUGUUGUCCUUUCUGUUCAAGGAACAUGACAGCAGCAUGUCCUAUAUACUGUUUAUUUACUGUUCCAUUGUUUUCCUUGCCAUUGUCAUAACUGCGAAAGAGGCGACGUAUAGUGUUUGCUACUAUUUAAACUUUGUAUUAAUGAUACUGCCGAUAUACGCAAUGUUCUAUGCGACCCUUGUAUUGUUGAAGUAUGGCUCAGAACUGACCGGUUGCAUGGAUAUAGACGAGUCAGGAGCAUGCCCUAUAAGAGAGAGCUUGGAAGAUGUUUCUAUCGGACGAGAAUUAUUGUAUUUGGCAGUCAGCGGGGUGAUAUUUUUCAUACUAUUGCUGCUAACCUCCAGAAUGGUCGCCGCUGGAUAUCUGUUCAAACGUGGUAAGAAAGCCUGCGUGGUUCGGGGCGAUGAUCCUCUCGUGCGAAGCGUGCGUACCGAAAUCGACGAGAUAGUUAAGGAUCCGGAGCAGUUGAGGGCGCAUAGUCUGGUUUGCCAUCGGAUAACUAAGAAGUAUCUACACGUGCUCGCCGUCAGCUGUGUGUCCUUCAAGAUCAGCCCUUAUGAAUGCUUCGGAAUUAUGGGAUUAAACGGUGCAGGCAAGACAAGCAUUGUGGACAUGAUCGUCGCCAAUCAAUCGAUCAGUAGGGGCAACAUCUAUGUGAAGGGAUUCCGUGUGAAGAGCCAAUUGAAGCAUUGUUUUAAGCACAUCACCUUGUGUCCACAGCAUAGCACCAUGUGGAACCACAUAACUGGUCGUGAAAUGUUGAGAUUCACCUGUUUGACCACUGGCAUUAAGAAGGACCUCAUCCCUAUCAUCAUUUUAUAUUUGGCCGAACGUUUAAUGUUCAGCAAGUAUCUUGAUCGGAAGAUCAAAGAUUAUAGCAGUGGCAGCAAAAGAAAACUGAAUAUUGCAAUGGCAAUGCUGACGCAUACGCUCACCUGUCUGGAUGAGCCCACCACUGGUGUGGAUAUCAGCACCAAGGCGGGCAUCUGGAUGGUGCUGAGGGAGAUGUGCAACAUGAGCAGGUCCAUUCUCAUCACCUCGCACGACGUGGAAGAGUGCGAGGCACUCUGCACCACCAUCGGCAUUAUGGUCAAUGGUCAAUUCUGUUGCUUUGGUUCCGUCCACGAACUGAUAUGCCACUAUAGCAAGGGCAUUUCCAUUAAGAUCCAGCUGGCCACCAGUGCUGAAAUGGACGAAUUAUAUCUUAUGGAGGAUGUCAGCUUACCAAGUGUUGGAUCAGAAGCCGCGUCCAUUUCAACAGUAUCGGAGGGAAAUACCAAAGCGACACAGGUUCAUUUUAAAAAGAAAAAAUCCAAGAGGAGGACUCUGAAAACGUCAGGGACAGGCUCCGGAGAGAGAACACCAGCACUGGAGAUAUCACGACUAUCAGCAUCGCCAAGACCAACCUCAACCAUUUCAGCAGGGAUAAAGGUUUUAGAUUCUGAAGUUAUGAAUGAUGUGACCGAAUAUGAUGUACUCAUCCAAAAUGUGGAAAAGCAAUUUCAAAUCGAUUUUCCAAGCAGUUACAUCUUAGAGAAGAACACGUCUCAUGGCUUGGUCACCAUAGCAAUAGCCGACUUCGAACUGAAGUGGUCCACAAUAUUUAAAUAUAUGGAAGAUAAUCGCGACGCCCUCCAAAUAGAGCACUACUCGAUAAUUCCGCCAACACUGGAGGAUAUAUACAUGGAAUUUGGCAAGCAGCAGCGUACCAAUUAAACUCAACUUAAACUAAGCUAUAACUUAAAAAAAUAUUGUAAUUGUAUUCUUGAUUUCUCUGUGUACUAUUUAAAUUGCAGAUGUUCGAAACUAUAAACGAUAGCCAAAAAGUAAA